GGGAAAAUAACAGUCCAAGAAGUCAUAGAGGAGGAAAACAGGACCAUAUUUAUGGCCUGCAUGUAAACAUAUAGAGAGAAGAUGAUCUACAUCAUUAUGGGAGUCUCAGGCACAGGAAAAAGCACUUUAGGGAAGUCCCUGUCUGAAAAGCUUGGCUGGCCCCUGCAUGAAGGGGAUGACUUCCACCCUCAGGAGAACAUUGAGAAGAUGGUUCGUGGAGAGCCGCUGACAGACCAGGACAGGCUUCCUUGGCUUCUAAAACUACAUGAAGUGAUUCAGAGGGAAAGGAGCUCGGGCUCCGACGCGCUGGUGGCGUGCUCCGCUCUGAAGCGUCACUACAGGCAGAUCCUCCUCAACGGCUCCAAAGCUCUCACGCUCUCCUCUGGCCCAGACCAAGAAGUCCUUCCUCCUGCUUUUCCAGACGUCUUUUUUCUCUUUCUACACGGCAGCUACGACCUCAUUCACCAGAGGAUGGUGGCCCGGAGGGGACACUACAUGAGGGCGGACCUCCUGCGCUCUCAGUUUGACGUUCUGGAGCCUCCGGUGGACGAGGAGAACGUGCUGCCGCUGGACAUCAGGAGGAGCAUCGCUGAUAUGGUCAUGGAAGUAGAAAAGCACUUCCUCAGCUGCAUGUCGACUGCAGUGAUGUUGUGAACCAAGAGGAGUCCGUUCAGGUUGCAGCUGGAAAAACCUCUGGCUGGACUGUUGUGAUCAUGAUGCUGACUUUGGUUUCCUCUAAACUCAACCAGGAACUUAAUAUUCAAACAUAACGUAAUAUAAAAUUAUAUGGCUGCUUAAAAAAAAUGAAUAAUUUAAACAUUAGAAUCAUUUAUAAUCCAAGUGAUUAUGAAGGGUCCAUAAACUCUAAAGAAUUGUGUUUUUUACUCUUAUUUCAGAAGCAAUUGAACAGAUCAGAUCGUUUGAUGCCUGAUGAACAAAUCUCUCAUGAACUCUGACCAUUCUUCUGAUUGACCAUGACUUGAACCUUUAAUAGACCAAAACUUUGAGUCUGUUACGACUCGGUUCGGAGGCUCCGGUGCAGACGACACAGGAGAUCAGAUGGCGGGUGACAAAACU